CUUGUGACCCGAGCCGACACGGUUAUGGAUCUCGAUCAUACGUCGUCAUCGGUAAUGUUUACGUACAAUUUGGGCCGAAAAUGUGUCGGAGAAAUAAUACCUACGCCUGUAAACCCACAAAAGCGUGGCAUUAUUGGUGUUAUAGAUGGAUGCAUGUCUGUAGUAUGUGAAGAUUGCAGUCGUGAGAUUUACGAGGUUUGGGUAAUGAAGGAAUAUGGGAUUAAGGAAUCUUGGACUAAGUUGAUGAAUAUACCCGAACCUCCCGGUGAUAGUAUACGGAAUCUCGUCUUGGAUGGAGUUAGUGACUAUGGGGACAUCCUUUUCAGGUCUUGGACUCAACGUGAUAAUCAUAAUGUAGUUAUAUAUAAUGUGGCGGAAAAUAAAUACACGAAGAAUCUUGUUUCCGGUGGUAAUUACUACAUAAGGAUGUACGUCGAGACUCUGGUUUCACCUGGACUUGGCCUAAAAAGGACGACGAUUGCGGCAAUAGAAGGUUGAGCCUCUUCUCUUGAGUUUUUUUUUUGGUUAUUAAUUUUAAUUACAAUUUCAAUUUAAUCUGAAGAAUUA